GACUACUAUAUGCAUGGCUGUUAUUUCUUUGGAAAAGCAAAGCAGCGGCGUCUUCGGACCUUCCCCCAGUCGCCGGAACGCCGGAACGCUGCGCUGUUCCCGGUGACCAGGACCGGUGCCGGUGCUCGGUCGAUGGCGGAGGGCGAUGAGAUGGAGUGGCUCUCAGACUAUGUGCUGAGCUUCCUGAAGUCGCCCACUUGGUCUGCGCCCAUUGCGCAGUUUGUGGAUGAGCAGUGCAUCAUCUUCGAGGAUCAGGAAGAGAACAAGCUAGAGUACACCGAGUGUCACAACGAGUACAAGGAGCUUAUAGAUAGCCGCUUCGCUGCGCAUUUGUUGGAGAUCGACGUGACCAGUGAGCAGUUCGAGCAGUUUUGCCAGAGAGGCUUGUCAACCAAUCCCAGCUUGCAUCGCGUGCUGGUGGAACAGUUGCUGAGCGCAGACGAUUUCCUCAUUUUCAAGGCCAUGAUGACGAAGCGAAAUGCAGAUCUUUACCGAGAGGCCCAAAGACGCGUGGACGCUGGCCUCGAGGAUGAUUUUUAUGAGACCAUGGUGGAGGAAGAUGAUGAGGAGGCCCUGGCGGCCGUUGGCUCCACGGCGGCGCUCGUCGCGGACGAGUGGAAGAUCUACGAGGAGCAACUCUUCAAGGCACUGGAUGAGUCACAGAAGGAGGAUGACCAGCUGGCCAGAGAGCGGCAAAAAGAGGAGGAGGAGAUGGAGCGGGCCAUUGCCCUUUCUUUGGAGGAGGACCGGCGGCACUUCGAGGAGCCCUUUGAACCGGGUUCCGACGAGCCGGCCUCCUCCUCCGCAGCUCCUGCCCCUCCGGUGGAGGUGGCAGCUUCCUCGAGUUCCGGGGGGGUGAGGACUUCCACGCUGCCGCCGUUGAAGCCGUCGGCCGCGCUCGGGCCUUUGAGGCCAGUGAUCCCACGAGUCAUGCGGGUGGCACCCAUGAGCGAAGGCGCUUUCGCCAGCCGCCCGGGAACCGCGACCGCGACAGCGAGUGGGAGUUCGGAGGCGCCGCCGCCGCCACCACCUCCUGCAGAAGAGGCUGAAGAGGCCGCCUCGUCGGAGGUGGUCCCGCCACCGCCUGCACCACCUGCAGCACCGCAGCCGAGCGAGGCGGAGCGUCAGGCUCGCUUCGAACAUCUCCAAAGGCAGCGACAGUUGCUGGUAGAGAAGCGUAACAAGGAGCGGCAGAAGCAGCUGGAGAAUUCUCCCAAACAUGGCCGAAAGGCGGCGGACCUGGCCACCAGUCCCAGCGGCAGUGGCGCACCCAGCAGCCUGGUGCGCGAGCUCACCGGGGAGCCCCGAUCUUCGCCCGAGGCCCAUGCGGCGACCGCAGUGCAGCAGAUGCGGCAGGUUCUGGCUUCGCAGCUCAAGCAGACGCUGAGGCAUGUGUGAACGCGGCAACACCGUGGCCGAUGCUGCACUGGUAGAGCUACCCUGUCAGAACUGAAGCGUAUAACUUAUGACCUAGAGGUCCAAAGACUGUUACUGUAUUGGUACCACCCAGCACC